AUGAGGCUUGGAGAGCUUCGUAGGGCUGCCAAAGGUUCAACUGGCCUGUCAGGAGGGGGUAUGGUCAUUAGAAAUUCAGAGGGCCAUGUGUUGGCAACUGCUGUUGCAUUUUAUAACAGAGGAAUAUGCAAGCGAAAUGCAAUGCUUUGUUGGAUGAUGGUGUUGGGGAAGGUAGCUGUUCCUUGGAAAUGUAAAACUGUUUUAGAUUAG